AUGGCAAAACGCAAGCGGACUUCGUUAGCUGUAGCUGGAGCUGGAGCUGACGCCUCGACGCCAACAACGCUGCCUCCUAACCUCGCGCCAGUGGCCUCCAGCAUGAUGCCUCCUGCGCCGGUGCCCGCUCGUCAGACAAGCUCGAGGAGGGCAGCUCAACCAGCUCCUGCGAACAUUGACACCAAUCCGAACACAAACGAGAAGAUAGAAGACGGACCGGAAGCUCUGCGAGCCUCCCCUGAUGCUGAGCAAGGUGGGCCAGGUGACAAGGCACGCAAGAAGAGGAAAACAGCCACGCCGUCAGCAAAGGUCAAGACCGAGGCAGGUCUCCCCAAACCCGCCCCCGCAAAGGAGGACAGUGGCUUGGACAGAGGAGAUCCUGAAGCGGAAGGCGAUGAAGAUGCUGAUCUGGAAGAACUGAGCAUAGCCUUAUCCCGCCCGCCGCCUGUGAACAGCUCCUACCUCCCGCUCCCCUGGAAAGGGAGGUUAGGAUACGCUUGCUUGAACACUUACCUGCGGUACUCUAACCCCCCAGUCUUUUCAUCACGCACAUGCCGCAUCGCAUCGAUCCUCGAACAUCGUCACCCCUUGAAAGACCCGACACAGCCUGAACAUGCGACGAAAAACCGCCCUGACAAAGACCAACCGGCCGAUAUUGUGCGGGGACAGGCGUAUGUGGAAGCGCUCGGCCUCGCCAAUGCUCGGGAUAUAGUCAAGAUGUUGCGGUGGAACGACAAGUACAGUAUCAAAUUUAUGCGGCUGUCGUCAGAGAUGUUCCCGUUCGCAAGCCACGACGUGUAUGGGUACAAGCUGGCACCGUUUGCCUCGGAGACGUUGGCGGAAGCGGGCCGCGUGGCUGCUGAACUCGGUCACCGUCUUACCACACAUCCAGGCCAAUUCACACAGCUUGGGUCGCCUAGGAAGGAAGUCAUCAGCGCCUCAAUCCGCGAUCUGGAGUAUCACUGCGAACUGCUUGAUCUCUUGAAACUUCCCGAGCAACAGAACCGUGAUGCCGUCAUGAUCUUGCACAUGGGAGGCGUGUUUGGUGAUAAGGACGCCACCAUCGCGCGGUUCAGGCAGAAUUACCUUGGACUGCCGCAAGGCAUCAAAGACCGACUGGUCCUUGAGAAUGACGACGUCUGCUACAGCGUGCACGACCUGCUGCCUGUGUGCGAAGAGCUGAACAUCCCCCUUGUCCUCGACUUCCAUCACCACAACAUUGUUUUCGACACCGACAAGAUCCGUGAGGGCACGCUGGACAUCAUGGACCUAUACGAUCGGAUCAAGGCGACAUGGACCCGGAAGAGGAUCACUCAGAAGAUGCAUUAUUCGGAACCGACUCCCUCAGCGAUCACAGCACGGCAACGACGUAAACACAAUCCUCGAGUUGCAACGCUUCCACCGUGCGCAGCGGAUAUGGACCUCAUGAUCGAGGCCAAAGACAAAGAGCAGGCUGUGUUUGAAUUGAUGCGGACGUUCAAGCUGCCCGGAUUCGACACGUUCAACGACAUGAUCCCACAUGUACGCAGCGACGAGAACAGGGCAUGGAAACCACCCAAGAAGCCCAAGAAGCGUGCCAAAAAGAAGUCCCGGAGCAGCGAUGAGUUGCCGCUCGAAGACGAGGAGGAAGAUGAUGAAUUGGAUUCUCAAGAAGCCCGACCUCCCCCUCUCAUUCCAGACGCGGAAGUCGGCAUGGGUGGCCCUGAAGGGCGUGUUUACUGGCCGCCAGGGAUGGAAGAGUGGCUGCGUCCGAAGAAGCGAGAAGUCAAGCCCCGAGAUCCCGAAAAGGCCAAAACAACCGCCGAGCGCGCCGCUCUCAGGCGCGCAGAGAAGGCGGCGUGGCAAGCAGCUCAGGAGGCCACCGCGGCUGGUGCCGGCACGGAUGUGGUUUCGGCCAUCGGGGGCGCAUCCGAGAGUAUGGAGGCGUCGACGCCAAAUGCGAAGCUUGAUCGUGCCCAAGCUAGAAGUGUCUACGAUGUGCCCAAGGGCACGAAGCCUGUUCGCGCUCCUCGUUCCAGUACUGCACCGCGAGGCAAGAAAAGCGCCAAAUCCGUUCCCACUCCGACCCCCAGCACCAGCGACGCGGCUUCUGAUUUGGAUGAGAGUACAGACGACAAUGAUGACUUGAAAGCCGGGUCGGCCAUGCCUGAUCUCACAGAUGCAGAAGAAGUUGCAGCGUCAUCGUCACCAGCGUCGGACAUCAAGCGACGAGCGCCCACGCGGACGACGAGCGGAAGAACUGCGAAGAGGAAAGCUGUUAACUACGUCGAGGAUAACGUAGACGAUGAGCUGUAA